GGACAGUCCAGCGAUUAUCUGUAGAGGCUAUGUAGGUCAUAUUUCAACAGUGAUUCAAAAUGGCUUCCAAAGUGCAUUCGUUUAAAAGUUGGAUUUACCUAAUCUGAUUGUAGACUGAAUACCAUCACACGAUAUGUUAUGGUGAAAAUAGCAAGAUCUCCAAUUUGCUGGCACACAUUAUGUUUGAUACUUGUAGCUCUCUGCAAGAGGGCGUGGUCGAUAGAUGUAUACGAGAUGGACCGGUACUCGGUUUGUGGGAAGGAGUUCUUCGUCUCCGACAACGACAUCACGCUGAUGUGGCCGUCCAAGGUGGCGCCCGCCAACUCGCCGCUCGAGUGCAUCGUCUUCCUCACGUCCAGCUACACCGAGACGAACGGACGCUACAGACUGCAGAUCAUCGUCGAGUCCCUCGCCAUCAAAGACUGCGGGAUCAACCUGGACAUAUUCAAUGGGCGCGGGGCGUUUGGAAACUUCAUUAGAGCGAUUGGCUGCAGUAGUAAGAGUACCGACAUCAUGUACUCGACUGGUCGCCAGAUCACGGUCCGAUUGUCCAGACCUUCCGUGCUUUACGAGACUAAUAACGAGUUCGUCUUCAAAAUCAGAACAUACCGAGAUGCUGACGAAGGUGGUGUCGUGUUCGGGACCCUGAAGUUGACGAUUGGCGCCAUCAUCGGCAUCAUCAUCGGCAUCGUGGCCCUCAUCGUCAUCGCCGUCCUUCUGGGCUGGUGCUACAAGUCGGGCAAGCUGAACUACUACACGGGUCGCACGGUCGACGAUGAGGUCAAGGACAGCGAGUCGAAAUCAGACGCGGUAGGAAUCAACAAUGCGGCCCUCACGGAGAAGUCGGGGUCUGUGGAAUCAGGCAUCGACUACCGCAACCAGGCCAUGUGGAACAGCAUGACAGGCUCGCAGAACUCGACCAAACUGGGAAGAAACUUCUACCAGCAGAAUGCCACCAGCAGAUUUGCUACGAGGGGGCAGAGGAUUCCCAGCGAACCGUCCCAGCAGUAUUCCAACGAGAAUCAGAGAUACUACCAGAAUGCGGAUCCCAGACGCCAGAGCGAGAGUGGGAAUGGGGACUACGAAAAGUAUCAAUAUCAAACCGAAAACGCGUACGGAAAUGACGCUGUAAGGCUGAAUGUGGAAAGGAAUGGAUCGCCUGGAGGUGCUACAUGGAGGAGGGAUGACAACGCUGCUAUAGACAGAAAUGAUCCCAAACGAUCGAGUGCUGGGAUGGCCUCCCAAGGACAAACUUUACCUCCUGAUUCCAAAGACGAAAAUGUCGGCAUAUUGAAGAGGGAUGACGGAACACGUGGAAGCAGAGGUAGUCGAAGGAGUACAGGCAGUAAUAAGGCAAACAUAAAACAGGAGGAUGAGGCGGAGGAGAAGGACCCAAUAAACAGACCACCUUCAGGAUUCUUUGAAAACCCCGAUGCUGAAGGUUAUCUGUACGACUAUGACCACGUGAAAGCUUUAUCCGACGAGAAUAUUGACCCUGCGCUAAAACCAGCUUCUGAUAAACAGGGAUAUGACGCGUUUGUCCGUGACGCUCCUGGUGGAACAAGGUUAAGGUCCAGCGACAGAGAGAGUUUGAGAGGGAGUAAGCGAGAUGCGGCGCAUAAGCCAUCUACUUCGCCCAGAAACAAGAAACGGGCCGAUGGCGCGGCCGACGACGUUAACACGCCAGAACUCGGGGAGCAGGAUCUGGAAUCGUCUCAGAUGAAGAGGUAUCUGUCCAGCGACCUCCAGAGCGAGCCGGAAUCGGAACAGAUAUCGAACCCGAACCUUGUUAAUGCUGCUGUCAGGGCCACUGUUCCCAAUAAAACAGAAUCCCCGUCUACGAAGAAGAGAAAGAAGAAGGGAGGGAAGCACGGAAGGCAAAAGAGCGGGGAUGGAGACCAUGAAACUUCUGAUCUUCUUCCCCCAGAAGCGUACGAGCCGGUUUUCACAACGCCAGUAUCGUCCGAUCCGUACCAACCAGCUAGUGUUCCAUAUGGGCCAUACGGAGCUCCAGGCUAUGGCAACAACAUGUACCCACCGAAUCAGCCGUUUCUGCCGUUCGGGAUGAUGCCAAUGACGACAUUUGUUCCAUCGCAAGGUCAAACUGUUGCUUACGCCUACCAAACUCUACCUCAACCAGGGGCGGUACCUACAGGCCAACCGCAGCAGGUGGCCGGUCAAGCAGCGUGGAUGGUGCAGUCCACCCCUACGAACGAGGGUCCUGUAAAUAAAACAACAUUCAUGAUGAUGCAGGGACAUUCAACUCCAAGCGAGGCAUCGAGUCGCAUUGGCGACAGUCCCGGUGAUUUGAAUAAUAUGGGUCACCCGGCGUUUUCCUCCACACCUGGCACAGAGUUGACGCCCCGAGGGAGGCCGAAGUUCGGUAAACACAGACCUGGUGCUGACCGACCGACCGAUCCCAUCGAUAUGUCGGUCAUCGCUGCCGGGGCCGUGCCCCCAGACCCGGGCCCGGGCCACAGGUCGGCCGUAAUGAAGUCUGGGAUCGAUCCAAACACGGGCAUGCAGACGACGCAGGUCACGUGGACAGACAACAUCGUCGACCCCAGCGAUCCUCCUGGUCCCAAUCCGCAGGUGACGAGGAAAACCAUCACCAGAGUGACAGCAAGGAGCGGACAGGGGGAUCUUCCUGAAGCUACAUCAACAAUUAUAAAUCAGCUGGCAGGUCCAGAACCCGACGAGCCGGCUUUUCUGUCGCCGUCUGCGAUUCGUCCAGAGCACCACGCACCUCGACCAAUCACCGACCAGCAAACACACGACAGGGGGAACAUAGGUUUUUACCUUGGACAGGGGGCCCCAGAACCCGUGGUGCACGAUGCACCUGGAACGCACAGAGCAUUUCUUAAUCAAAUACGAAUGGACGAAACGGCGGCUUGAGACUGCAAUAUGUACCGUAGUAACUCUGCUAGAAAAACAUUUAUAUGAAACCAAAACAGAAUGGGCCGAAUUUACAAAGCGUUUUUUUUGUUGUUUUUUUUUAUAUAAUUGGGUGUUUUUUUUAAACGAGCAGGGCCGUAGCUAGCAGGGUGGCAGU